UUGUUGCGUAAAAUACGUUCUCGUCACAAAAAUGAAGGCGCUUAUCCACCUCUCUGGCCGCGUAUGCGAAGCGUUUUUACGAAAACCGACCAUUAAGAAAUUGACCUUACUAAGCUAGUCGUGGUGCUGUUAAGCGAUGAUCAGCGGAGUUCGAUGUUGGCGGGCUGUAGCUUGGCCGCGGUCCACCAAAUUGAUAGUUUCGGGCGGUCCCGCCACUGUUUGUUCCUCGAUUAAGCGCGUUUUAUCCACGUCCGACGUAGUUAUGGAGCAGAUCGACGACGUACGAGUCACGGAGCUCAAGAAUUCUGCGUACAUCAAACCUACGCGGCUGCUCUUCAAGCAGAACGGAAAGCAAAGGAUAUGGGACCUCAUGAAGACUCACGACAGCGUCUCGGCCGUUAUUUACAACAAAAGCAGGGAUGUCCUUUUAUUCGUCAGGCAGUUCCGACCAGCUGUCUACUACGGUCAGAUCCCACCGCACGAGUUCACUUCGGGCAAGCCCAUCGACACGACCAAGUAUCCAGGAAAGUUGGGCGUGACGCUCGAACUGUGUGCGGGCAUCAUCGACAAUGAGAAACUGUCAUCCGCCGAGACAAUGCGCGAAGAGAUCAAGGAAGAGUGCGGAUACGAUGUGCCCUUGAGCAGCGUACAGAGGGUCACUUCAUUCAGAGCUGGCGUGGGAAUCCUUGGCGCCAAGCAGGAGCUGUUUUACGUCGAAGUGACCGACAGCAUGAAGAUAAGCGCUGGUGGUGGUGUCGAAGAACAAGGCGAGAUGAUCGAUGUGGUUGAGCUAACCAAAGCCGAAGCCAAGAAGAUGUUGUUUGACGAGAGCAUCAUGCGGCCUGCUGCUCUGCUUUUCGGCAUUACGUGGUUCUUGGAGGUCAAGUCGAAGCAAUAGAACGAACUUCAUAUUGUACAUAAAUGAGCUCACUAGGAUCUACAUCUUUAUAAUUUGCGCAUUAAAUGGAACUUUGACCUGAUGCAUUCGCUAUCAAGUGCAUAUAAUCGUGCUGAGGAGACUAGCUUGAGAAACGUACCACAUAAAGCUCUUUGGCCGCUUUCAGGACAUUGCUUGCUUCAUAGAAGCUCUUAAAUGAAAAUUUUCACAUUUUUUGCUGCAGUCAUGUGCAUUGGCAUUCUGCCAUGGUAAGUCAUUCGUGAUUGAUCAUUUAAGCAAAGCAGAUGUCAAAGCACUAGAAACAACAUAGCAGUCAAAACAUGUCUAGUCUCUAUUACAUAUAUGCACAUUUUUAUACUCGGCGCAUUUUGCCGAUGCUUGGGCCCAACAUCCUUUCGUUACAUGAUCUGCAUC